AUGGCCAACCAGAACAACCGCAAUGCGCCUCGCCUAAACACGACGAGAUCCGAGCCACCAGCUAGCGAGAACGAUUUUCGCGCCUGGAAACAACACCUGUGGAACCCCAACCGGGACUAUCCAUUGGGGCAUCGACUUGGAAGCUUUCUGCGGGAAGCACAACGAUUGAUCGAUCAAGAUGUCGGGGUGCAGCAAGAGGUGAUCCGCGCCCUGGCUGAGGAAGGCGGCUUGAAGCGCAUGAAGGAGUUGAUCGACGAAAACAUCCUGGCAGCCCGGUCCUUUGCACAGAAGUCGGUCAUCCUCGAUCAGCAGGUGGUGCCUUUUCUGAACAUCGUAACGCAUCCUGGUGUGCGGGACUCUCUGGUUCUCGAGCAGGCUGUUGGAACGAUCUAUGCUUUCCUCUAUGGCUUGGCGGGCAGACGGGCACUGGUCCUGCUGGGUUUCCUGGCAGACAUGCUACCAUACAACAAGGACCAGGUCACGGACAAUAAUCAGAUCAACCGCCUCGAAAUGUCUCUCCUGACAUUCUGGCACAUACUUGAGCUGAAUUCAGAGGCGUACGUCCACGAGGGCCUCAAGCUAUUGGCCAACCGCUUCCAGUCCAUCGUGAAAGAUCAUGAAGUCUCGCAGGCGCAAGGUGCUCUGUACAAUGUCAGGGGCUACUUGCAAAGAAUUAUGCAUCGACUCAGUAUCGGUGCAGCACUUCCAAGCAUAGCUUCCUCUGGACAGCCCACCCCAGAGAGCGACAAGCUUCCCUCGUCAUUCAUCAUCCACCGCACUCCCCCGGGGGGCCGCCACAACAACGAUUCGGCGGACAUCUGCGACAUUCAGAUCAUGCCCACAUCUGAAGAGAUCCUGUCUCCACACACCGAGUAUCUUCCCGUGAAGGACCCUCGACAGUGGCAUAUCAGCGGUGUCGCCGGGCUCCUGGACCGCAACUUCCGAUUGCUCCGUGAAGACACGGUCGGGCAGUUGAGAGACGUCAUCCAUCAUCAGCUUCGCCCCGAAAAUACAUCAUACACUAGACAGGGUAACCAAGUCCGGACGUACGCAUAUCCGAACGUUAAGGUGGCUUCCUUGUCCUUUGAUCGACAUGCAGGGCUCCAGUUUACGAUCCGAUUCCCUCAGCUUGCGCAGGUGCAGGGACUGCGUGACAAGCAGCGUGAGGAAUGGUGGAGCCAAUCUAGGCGCCUACAAAGUGGCGCCCUUGUAUGCCUCAUCGAUAAGAGUGGAGGAGACGUACUGUUUUGUACGGUAGCUGAGCCACCCAGGUUGCCGCCCGGCACACCUCAGCCCAAGGAUUCCCCGUCUCUCUGGAAGGAGAAAGAUGUCUCAACUGUCGCUUUGGAAUUCGUCGACCCUACAAACAAUCAUGUGCAGUUUAUUCUGGAUCGUUAUCGUCCGCGUGGCGCAGUCUCUCCCGUCACCCUAGUGGAGUUUCCCGGCAUUCUGCUACCAGCCUUUGCUCCGACAUUGCGCGCGCUCCAGAAGAUGAAGCGAAGUGAAGACCUGCCUUUUGCGAACCUGCUGGCUCCAGCGUCCUCCGAAAAUACGGACCAGGUGGCAGAAGUGCCUCCGCCCGCGUACGCUCUCAAGCCUGGGUUCAAGUUCGAUCUUGGCUGCUUAAUGACCGACGAGACCGAACUGCAUCUCCGUCCCGGCCAGGCUUUUGACAUGGAGAAAUUUCAACAGAAGUCGAUUCUUGAUCCGGCUCAAGCCGUGGGUCUAAUAAACACCCUUCAGCACCAGGUAGGUCUCAUACAGGGCCCUCCCGGCACAGGGAAGAGUUACACUGGAAUUGCCUUGAUCAAAGUGCUGCUAGCCAAUGCGGCCAAAGCCAAAGCCAACAUUGGACCAAUUAUCUGCGUCUGUUAUACCAAUCAUGCCCUCGACCAGCUUCUUGAAGAGCUGUUGGAAAAGAAGAUUACGACACAGAUCGUCCGAAUUGGAUCGCGCUGCAAGUCCGAACGCGUCGAGAAAUACACCUUGAGCAAAUUAGCCGACAGGCCUCCGCAGACCAAAGUCGAAAAGAGUUCGAUUUAUCACCUCCAUGUUAAACUCGAGGAGUGUGUAAAGGAAUUCGAUGCUCUACGAUUACAUUCAGAAGGGUCUGAGGCUAACUUAAAGCGGUUUCUGGAGCGCCACAACCCCAGCCAUUGUCGCCAGCUUUUUAGCAAGGAUGAGGAGGGAUGGAAAACUGCGACGUCAAAGAGGGGUAAUAAUGCAUUUCGUCAGUGGAUAAACAGAGGAUUCAAGUCGACAGAGAAGCCCCGAUCUAUCGGUAUCCUCGAGAAUAUAAAACUUGAGCAAAUGAGCGGGAAGGAACGGCAAAUGAUCUAUGAGCACUGGCUCACGGAGAAUAGACGUCAGAAGCACGACGAAGCUAAGAACCUGGUGCAUGAACAAAAGAGGAGCAAGGACAAACUGAACGAUGUUCGACACGAGGUCGAUCUGCGAUGUCUCCGACAGGCACAGGUUAUCGGGGUUACGACUAGUGGCCUCGCUCGAAAUCUCAGGAUGCUUCGCCGCCUUCAGUCCAAGGUAGUGCUGUGCGAAGAGGCUGGAGAGGUGUUGGAGGCUCAUCUCCUGACAGCUCUUCUGCCUUCCGUCGAGCAUGCCAUACUCAUUGGAGACCACCAGCAACUUCGCCCGCAGAUUCAAGACUACAAUCUUUCUCGAGAGAACUACCGAGGUGGUGAACAGUACUCUUUGGAUCAAUCAUUGUUUGAGCGACUGGUUGAUCCCGGCGAGGAUGGCCCAGGGGUGCGGAUGCCGUUUAGCACGUUGGAAACGCAACGCAGAAUGCAUCCUUCCAUCGCACAGCUGGUCAGAGACACUUUGUACCCUCGCUUAGAAGACUCUCCCUCUGUUUUGGAAUACCCGGAGGUAUGCGGGAUGCGCCAGAGGCUGUUCUGGUUGGAUCAUCAACAUCUCGAAGCCGACAAUUCCAGCACCGAUGCGGUAAACACCUCACACUGGAACGCGUUCGAGGUGGAGAUGACCACCGCACUAGUUGCUCACUUGAUCCGACAAGGCUGUUAUAGAGCGGGAGAAAUUGCUGUACUGACCCCUUACCUGGGACAGCUCCAUCGGCUACGGCGUCGGCUCAGCGAGUCGUUUUCGAUCGUCCUCGGCGAUCGUGACCAGGAUGAUUUGGAGGCGGCAGGACUCAAUGAAUCAGACGCAGGUAAUACUCCGGUGUCUCGAUCAAAUGCACUACAGACCGUUCGUGCAGCCACCAUUGAUAACUUCCAGGGUGAGGAAGCCAAGGUUGUGGUAAUAUCGUUGGUCAGAAGCAAUGCCCAGAGACGCUGCGGGUUUCUGCGCACCUCUAACCGCAUCAACGUUCUGCUGUCCCGUGCAAAGCACGGCAUGUAUAUCAUAGGUAACGCCGCUACCUCGAUGGAUGUACCGAUGUGGCGCCAAGUGGUGGAGAUCCUGAAGGACAAGGACAACUUUGGCGCCCAGCUCAAGCUACAAUGUCCACGCCAUCCAGAGUCCCCUAUUGCUGUUUCGGAGCCCGACCACUUCGUGCAAUUCUCCCCAGAGGGCGGCUGCAAUCAGCGCUGUGCCAACCGAUUGCGAUGCGGUCAUGCCUGUAAGCAGAAAUGCCAUUCGACGCUGCUCCAUGAUGCGGUCUACUGCCAGGAACCUUGUCCAAGACCUUUGAAGGGAUGCGAUCAUGCCUGCCCGAAGCACUGUGGCGACAAAUGUCCCCAGCAAUGUCAGGUGAUUGUGUUCGACGCCAACCGGAAACUCGAAUGUGGACAUGCUGCAGUGGAGCUCCCCUGUUGGCAGGCGCAGGAUCCCUCGCUGGUCAAGUGUCCAGUGCCGGUUGCGAAACAAUGCCCUGUCAUGUCAACGUCGAAGAACCCACGUUCAAAUGCCCAGCACUGUGUGGAGUCGUUCUUGCGUGUGGCCACCCUUGCCGACGCAAAUGCUGGCAGUGCACUCGAUAUGAUGGGGACAACAAUGCUCAAGUCAACCAUGGCCGAUGCGAACAGCUGUGUGGACGCAAUUACUCGGCGUGUGCGCAUAGCUGUACUCGGAUCUGCCACGAGCCGGAGUCCUGUCCUCCAUGUGAGGCGCCUUGCGAUGUUCAUUGUGGCCAUUCCCAGUGCCCAAACAAAUGCUGUGAGCCCUGCGUUCCCUGUGCCGAGACUAAAUGCCCAUCGUCGUGUCCUCACAGUUCAUAUAUGUGCUGCUCCAGAGGUCAAAAACCGCGUUGUUGAUUUUAUCCUCGGCGAGGUAUAUUGGGAGAUAGACCUUAAUGAAAACCCCUGCAUCUUUCCUCGAUGCGGACAUUUCUUGACCAUGGAGAGUAUGGAUGGCCAGAUGGACAUGAAAGGACACUAUGAACUGGAUGCCGACGGGAGUCCAGUCGCGAUUACCGAGUCAUCAAGGCCAUUUUCCGUCGAGGACGUCAAAAGAUGUGCCACCUGCCGGGGGUCUUUGCGGGAUAUUUCUCGGUACGGUCGGCUGGUACGUCGGGCUAUGUUGGAUGAGGCCACAAAGAAAUUUAUAUUGUACCUCAACAAUGAAUACGUUCCAAUGGCCCAGGAACUGCCAAAGCUGGUUACCGCCCUACCUGAAGCCAAGAAUUUGACCGGGUCGCUGGCAAUGUUCCAAAUCGGUGAAGUCAUCCGGGUUGAAGGCUCCGGUAGCCAACAAAUCAAACGCCUGGGGGAUCUCAUGAAGAAGCACAAAAUGAAUCGCUGGGAUGGACUACUCCAGUUGAGGAAGCGCAUGGUGAAAUACUAUUCCAGGGUUCAAGUCGAAGAGCAACCCUUCAGUCGCGUUCAGUACCUGGUGGAGCACGCACGGCGGCAGAAAGAAUCCCAAGGGACGUUCAAGUUUAAUGAAAGUGUGUUGCAAACGAAGGGUGUUUUGCUGGCACGAGCACUUCUCAUCAGGCUAGACAUUGCACUGCUCGGCGACUUUCUCUCGCUUUACAGCAUCGCAACUCCACUGUCCACACGGCGUGAGAUUUUUGUCGAUCUGCAGAAAAAUAUGGAUGACUGCCAUGGCCUCAUCCAGCUUGCCAGCGAGCUGCACCGAGUCGCCCAUCAAGUCGAGGGCUACAUCUUCCUGGCGCAGCUCUGUGCUCUGCAGCGAUCCCACAUUAAAGAUGUAGCGGAUGCAGAGCGUCGGCUUACCGAAGGCUGUGAAGCCCUUGAUGCUGCCGAGCAACUUUGUAAGCAGUAUCCAGGCCAAACUCAGGGGUUUUCGGAGGAGAUUGAAAGUGCCAAGGCGAUGUUGAGAGGCUCAACUUUCUAUAGCGCCGUCUCCAACGAAGAACGAAUGGCAGUGAUCACGGCCAUGAACCGCGAAUUCAGGGGCACUGGCCACUGGUACUAUUGUCCAAAAGGGCAUCCUUUCACGAUCGGCGAGUGUGGAGGCGCGAUGCAAGUCUCAAAGUGUCCCGAGUGUGGUGCCCCAGUUGGGGGCCAGGGCCAUCAAACGGUCGACGGAGUUACGCGUGCGAAUGACUUGGAACAGGGACUAGCAAAUUUGAGACUUGAAUGA